AUGUUGGGGAUAAGUGAGUUUUUAGGAGCUCUGGUCAUCUCUCUAUUUGUUGUGCAAUUUCUGAAAAUGAAGUGGGCAUGUAGCCGGCUUCCUCCUGGACCAACUCCCCUCCCGCUCAUCGGCACCAUGUGGCAGAUGGAUUUCAAACGCCAGCAUGAGACUCUCGUUAAGUUGGCACACAUUUAUGGGAACAUCUUCACCUUGUGGAUGGGACAUAUUCCUAUCAUCAUACUGAAUGGAUUCCCAACUGUGAAGGAUGGCCUGACUGUCCACUCUGAAGACGUCUCUGGCCGGCCAACAACCCCUUUCUUUCGGAAAACGGCCGGAGGAAAGGGUAUUAUUUUCACAAGUGGUCACACCUGGAAGCAGCAGAGACGCUUUGGGCUGAUGACCCUGCGGAACCUGGGGCUGGGCAAGAAAAGCCUGGAGCACCGAAUCCAAGAGGAGGCCCGUCACCUGGUGGAGUACUUUAUGAAUGAAAGAGGAGAUCCCCUGGAUCCUUCUUUCCCCAUCAUCCAUUCGGUCUCAAACGUGAUUGCAGCUGUGGUGCUUGGACAUCGCUUUUCCACUGAGGACAAAAAUUUCCAGCAGCUGAUUGAAAACAAUGAUUACUUGGUCAACUUUGUAAGCAGCGUCAGCGAGAUGCUGUAUGAUGUUUUCCCCUGGCUCAUGAAUCAUCUCCCAGGUGCUCACCAGAAGGUAUUCUAUUGCCAAGAGUUUCUCCGGUCUUUUGCAAGGAAGGAGCUCAGAAGCCACCAAGAGAGUGGGUCACCAGACGAACCACAGGAUUUCAUUGAUUUCUACCUGGCUCAGAUAGACAAAAGCAAAGCUGACCCUGAUUCUACCUUUGAUGAAGACAACCUAGUCCAGACUAUUUUCGACCUUUUCUUGGCAGGCACAGAAACCACAACCACCACCAUGCGCUGGGCAGUGCUUUAUAUGGUGGCUUACCCAGAUGUCCAAGAGAAGGUCCAGAAGGAGCUGGACGCUGUGCUGGAUCCCUCCCAAUUAAUCAGUUACGAGGAUCGGAAGAAACUGCCGUACACCUAUGCCGUGGUCCAUGAGAUCCAGCGCUACAGCAGCAUCAUUGCAGUUGGAGUUCCUAGAGAAUGUGUAAAAGACACAAUGCUGCAGGGCUUUCCCAUUGAAAAGGGCACCAUUAUUCUCCCAAAUUUAACCUCUGUCUUGUUUGACCCUGAGCAAUGGGAGACACCUCGACAGUUCAACCCAAAUCACUUCCUGGAUCAGGAUGGAAAUUUUGUGAACAAAGAAGCUUUCUUACCGUUCUCAGCAGGGCAGCGUGUGUGUUUGGGGGAGCAGCUGGCAAAGACUGAGCUCUUCAUCUUCUUCACCAACUUGCUGCAGGUGUUCUCGUUCAGGCUGCCAGAGGGAGUGAAGGAAAUCAACACCGAGUCCAUUCUGGGGGGUACAUUGCAGCCUCAUCCCUAUAAGAUCUGUGCUGUUCCUCGCUAGGCUGCAGCACCCCACAAAGCACGGGAGGAGCCAUUAGGCAGGCACAUAUGCCUUUGUGAAUUUCCACCUUGUACCUCUUCCCCUCUUUCUACUUCCAGCUUUGACGACAGUAUCAGUUCAGGCCAGUGGAGUCAAUUUCUCAAUCUGUUAGACCAGCGGUGUCCAAUACGUUCGCUGCUAGCCAUAUGUGACUAAUAGGCUAUGGAAUUGUGGCUAAUGCACGUGGCUUUUUUAUAAUGUGGCUCAUAAGAAGAAUUCAAAACCACAAAUAUGGCUAGCAGUGUGGCUAGCAUCGACUUUCCAUUGGACACCGCUGUGUUAGACCUUGGGAAAUUAAUCCGCAAACCACUGCCACUUCAUUACUGGUCUGUGCCCAGGCUUUCUCCUUAAUAGAUUGCAGAGAGAGAAAAUGUAAAACAAGGAAUUCCAGAGUCAGGCUUUAGUUGGGUGGACCAGGAAUGUGUUAGAUGUGUCGCACUGAAAUUAGAGUUCUGGAAGCAGCAGAGAGAGAGGAGGGGAAAGGAGGAACAUAUUACUGUCUGUUACCAGGUUUAGCUUUAUUCAGCAAGUUCUUAUCCACAGCUCUAAUCUCUGCCACAGGCUGUGACAUCUGAUCUGCUGCACUGAUUGUGUCUUAUGCAGUGAACAGACAAUCCCGAGAGUCAUCUCCAAACUGAAAUGAGCUGUAGCCCACAAAAGUUUAUGCUCAAAUAAAUUUGCUAGUCUCUAA